CUGCGGUUCGCCGACUGGAUGGCGGCUCUGCCCGGCAGCAUCCACCGCACCCCGCUCACCAACCUGGCCAUCCCAGGGUCUCAUGACUCAUUUAGCUUCUACAUCGAUGAAGCCUCUCCAGUUGGGCCUGAGCAGCCAGAGACGGUCCAGAAUUUUGUGUCUGUUUUUGGGACUGUGGCUAAAAAGCUGAUGAGAAAGUGGUUGGCUACCCAGACCAUGAACUUCACCAGCCAGCUGGGGGCAGGUAUACGGUAUUUCGAUCUUAGAAUUUCCACCAAGCCCAGAGACCCAGACAAUGAACUCUACUUUGCUCAUGGUUUAUUCAGUGCCAAAGUCAAGGAGGGUCUGGAAGAGAUCAAUGCGUUUCUUGCUGACCACCCAAAAGAAGUGGUCUUCUUGGACUUCAAUCACUUCUACGGGAUGCAGAAAUACCAUCAUGAAAAGCUUGUCCAAAUGCUCAAAGACACGUACGGAAACAAAAUGUGUCCUGCUAUAUUUGCCCAUGAAGUCAGUCUCCAGUACCUGUGGGAAAAGGAACACCAAGUGCUGGUGUUCUACCACAGUCCAGUGGCUCUCGAGGUACCGUUUCUUUGGCCAGGCCAGAUGAUGCCAGCUCCUUGGGCAAACACAACAGAUCCGGAAAAACUGAUUCAAUUCCUCCAGGCAUCAAUCACUGAAAGAAGAAAGAAGGGCUCCUUUUUUAUUUCUCAAGUAGUGCUGACGCCAAAGGCUAGUACGGUGGUGAAAGGGGUUGCAAGUGGUCUCAGAGAAACAAUCACAGAAAGGGCUCUUCCUGCGAUGAUGCAGUGGGUCCGCACUCAGAAGCCGGGAGAAAGCGGUGUGAAUAUUAUCACUGCGGAUUUUGUAGAACUUGGUGACUUUAUCAGCACCGUCAUAAAGCUCAACUAUGACCUGGAUGAAGGUGAAGAUGACACUACUUGAUAGUACUAUAAGAUAUGUGUUGUUGCAUUGCCUAGAAUUUGAAAAAAAAAAAAAAAAAAAUUGCAUUUUAAAAGAAUUAUCUUGUAAAACACUAAUCUUCCUAUAACACGCUGAGGUGUUUAGGGCUUUAGUGGGUGGGCGUAGGGGAAAUGUUUUAAUCAAUUAUGAUCAUUUUUUACAUUUGUGUUUCAUGUCAAGAGCAAAACCAAACAUGUUUACAGUGUUUGAUAAAAGAAGGCCAUUCACAUGUUUUCCAUGAGGUACCAAAUGCGAUUCAUGUGUCUUCUCUGGUUAUGAACAGUGCCAAGACAUUUGCUGCUGUCGGAGCAAUGGGAUGUGUAUUGCCCUCUGCCUGUUCACAGCAGGAUUCCUGACGGUGUCAGGAUUACACCUGGGGGCUGAGGGCAGUAUAUCUGACCCGAAAAUUUUAAGCCACUACACUUCAUCUUAUUGGGUGGUUCAACUGAUUGUGUUUAACAGUGAGCUACAGGUUUAAACGCCUUUUGUGAAGUAAAUCCCAACUCAUGCCUUUAACACACGCAUCAUCAAUGGACAGUAAACAUGGUGUAUUACGUAGCUUGCACAAAACACAGCCUAAAUCCUGCUUGCUUUUUUGUUCUUGAAAUGGGGAUUUCCAGUGUCUCUGCCCUAGGUCAAGUCAGGAGAUCUGUGACGCUGGCCUAACUCUGUACUAGGAGCUGCCAGUGUGAAUUUUCCCUGGUUCUAGCAGGAACAAAGUUAGGCCAGCUUGGAGCACCACUCCAUCCCAGGAUUCAUCUCAUCUAAGAGCCUGAUCCAUCAUCCACUGAAUUUAAUAGGAAAAAUUCCUAUGUUUAGCAUGGAUUGGGCAUAGGAUCAGUAAAUUGUGUGUACUGUAAGAUGGACAGGAUUUUGUCCCAUAGUCGAAACCUGCUUUCUGCAGAACUAAAACUGCAUUAAAAAAAUAUAUAGGUGUGGUCUAAGCUUCUCUUUAAGGCAGCUACGAACACAACACUUCUCUGCUGAUUACAAAAAAAUCAGUGCCAGUUUCAUCAGUGAAAAAUUGCUGUACUAAAGAGUGUAGUACUUCAAUUUCUGACUAGUAACAAUACUUUAUAGUUCUUAAAUUGGUUCAUGGCAUGUAAUACAGCAUACCACAAGUUUGGAAGCCUACUGAAUGCAGCAGAAUCACUGAUUAUCCUGAAGCAUAUGUAAAAUUCAAACAUAUGGAAAACACAGUGAUUUAUAAGAUGAGAGCAUUGCCACUGUAUGACACCUAACUGGAUACAGUGCGAUCAGUCGUAUUCCCUGCACACAGUCAACGCACAGGCACACAACUUCGGAAAGCAAAACAUUUCAUUUGUGCAAAAUGCUAUAACGAAAAAUGGAAAGUGCUCUUUGAAAUGUUGCAGGGCUUAUGGGAUAAGAUAAAGUUUUCAUUGACAUUGCUAGAACUUUUGGUUGAGUGAGAGAAGAGAAUGGCCUCAUAUGGUCCUUUGCUAUUUUCUGUCAGAUGAUAAGGAAUACCAUCUACCAUUAGAGUUUAGAAAAACAAAAAUGAACUUAUCAAACAGGUGGGUUACAGGCGUGUUAUAGGGGGGGGGGUUUGUUGUUUCUAUUUAGAAGGAAGUGGAGUAAAAUUAACAUUUGCUGCUGUUUUGUACUGAAAGGGUGCCUUGGAAAAAGUGUGCGUGUGUGUGUACUGUAAAGAAACUUUUAAGUGUAUGUGUAGUAUAAUGACACGUUUAAAUGUAUGUAUAUGACAUAAAGACAUCCAUGCACACUUGCAUAAUGAUAUUCGGGUUUCAGGACAGGAAUAUUAUAAAUUUGGUUGAAAAAGCUUUUAUGAAUUAUGCCUCCUUCAGUAGCAGGUUUUUUUUCUGUAUGGAUUAGCACUGUAAGAUUCAUCCCCAGUGAAAUCUGUGAUCUAAGCCAGUUAGGUAUUUUACAGCAUUAAAAUUUUACUUGAACUGCCUCAAAAAUUUACCAAGAGUCACAGCCCAUAUUUGCAUUGAACAAGGGUAGGACUCUAGUGCUUUCACCCACAACUGAGCAAGGUAAGGGGUGGGUUGAUGCACUUUGUUUCCAGUUUCCGCAGGCUCUCCAAGCAAAAUUCAUGUAACAGACACAUAAAAUGAAACAUGAGCAUUUUUUUUUUUUAAGCCACCCUAUGUGGGUGUCCCACAUAGCAACAUGUAAAUGUUUGCUUAUUUAUUGGUGAUGUGGUGUGAAAUGCUCUUCUCAUUUUUCCAUUUAGCUGGAUUUGUUUACUUCCAGACUCUUCUGUCAUCCUUCAGCUGCUUAAGUGUAGUCAAAAGAGUUGACCUAUGCUUUUAAUGUAGUUAAGUAGUCUGAAUCCUUGGGUGGAGCAAAAACUAGGUUUCUUUUUUUGGAUUCUGAUUGAAAUUCUGUUGAAUCUGGGAGCAUCAACAACACUGAAUUCCUCCUGGGACCUCCCAGUCAAACACACACCAGACACACCAAGCUUUUUGCUUACACAGAGGUGUACUUAAAGCAAAUGUUCUGCUCUAUUUUAGAAAAGUGUGUGUGUGUGCCUGUAUAUAUGAGUAAACAUAGAGCUAUCUCGAGCUUGUUAGCAUUGUUAUGAAAUGUUUGCUUAGUGUCAGUUUUAUUCUAAUUAUCAUUUGGGUGCUGGAAAAUAAAAGUAAAGCAAAAAAAAAAAAUCCUCCGAUAAGCAGGAUAAUAGACAAAUCAUGUAGUUUCUCCAUUAAUGGGGGAAAAAAAUUUUAGCAAAAUGUUAAAUUUUGGUCAGAAAAAUUAUGGUUUCAUUUAGCUGUCAAUCUUCUUUCUGUUGGAGAAGCACAGCACUUUAUGUUAGGGACAGGUAAACAAACUUGCCUUAAUUACUAAAACAAAAAUGUGGGGAUAUUAUCUACGCUUUUCUGGUGAUUUCAUCUGCGAGGCCCCAAAACUGUAAGUCCUGAUAGGGAUUCACUCCCUGUUGAUACUGUUUGGGAGAUCUUGCCAGAAAAGAACAAGCCAGAAGGGACUAUGCAGCACAACUGGACCAUUCAAGAGCCCGGUUUUACCACCCAUAUGCAGCUAAAACUCUCUUUGAUUUCAACCAGAAAUGUGUUUGUGGGGUUGGGUCAGAUGAGUAGUUCUGACCUGAUUCGUCUGAGAGGUUUCUACACAUGUAUUAUGAGGAACCUUACAUGGGAAAUUGGAUGACUGUAAUCAGCCCAUCAGAGGAAAAAUACCUGUCUACACUACUGAUCUUCAUAAGCAUCUAUUUACUCAAACUGUCACGUCAUUCUCUGCCAAAACAUUUUUUUUUUUAUUUCCUGUGCUCAUUUUCCCCCUUGCUGUGUUCAUUGUAUACACAUCAAGGCUUUUGUUUUCUGCCUUUUUCACGUGAUUACUUGAUCCUCUCUUUUCAGUCAUAUUUGAAAAAUCAUGACAGCGCUGCACACAUGCAGUGUCUCAGCUGGUGUAAACCUGCCUGGCUCCAUUUUUUGGUUUUACACAAGCUGAGAUGUCUUUAUUCAGUACUGAUCCAACCUGCAGCCAUUUGGACCAAAGAGCAGCUGGUCCCGGGGUCUGAUUCCUGCCUUGUGUGGAAGAGGGAUGGGAUCGGAAUCAAACCACAGGAGCCUAGUUUUAAAAUCAGUGGGUUAUUUGUAUUAAUUUGCUGUUGGUUACAUUACUGGUUUUGUAGGUCCUGCCAUUUCAAGCCAUUCUUUUGAACAUACACGUGUGUGUAUAUAUAAAUACAUGUAUAUGCAUACGUGUGUGAGAGGGAAUGUAUGAUCCUGUAUGCUGGGCUAAGUCUUACUGUCAUACUGAUACAAAUCUCGACCAUUUCUACUAACUCCAAAGUAUUUAUUAAACCUUUACCCUGGGAUGAGAGGGGAGCUGAUAGUCAGUGUGUAGUAAGUAUAUGCUGUGUUGCAAAGGGAAUUUAAAAUUGUGGAGUUUAUCUCCACAAUACCAAAAAAGUGGGGUACCCUGAAAACACAGCUCCAGUGCUGUUUAUCCUGAAUAUAUUAUAGGGAGCACUAGGUAUUAGCAACUGAGUAAGCUAUUUGGUGAUUUCAAGAGUUCAGUUAACACCAUUUUAAACUUCUAAACGCCUUUUCAGUGAAGUAAAAGCUAAUAGUGUAUAUGAUGUAUUUGCCAUAUCUCAGUGGUAGCUUCUGUGUUACAUACGGUCAAUGUUGUUCUGAAUUGUAUAUGUUUACCGAAUAAUGAGGUUUAAAUAUGCUGUAUAGUAUGUGCAACGUAUUGAUUACAAGUAUGUUGGAGUUCAGUGAUCUAUUUAGUUUUUACUGUGCUGCUGUUUUGUAGGUAUGUGUGUGUAUGGGAGUAUGGAUUGUCUACAAUGUACGAGGAAAUAAUAAUUAAUCCUAAAGGGAAAGGGCAGUUAUGUAACCUGCCUUAAUGCAUUCAUAUAAUAAUCUUUAAAUCCCAUAAUUAUCAGUCCUGAUUUCAAAUGUUACCAAGGAUUGUCCAUAAGGCUGACUCCUUCACUUUUCGGCACUAAGGAGUUGAGCUUGAAGUUACUUGGAGCUCGCUUACAUAUUGAUAAAUAAAGAAUAGGAUGUUUGCUGGAUUGUACAAGGUGUUACAGACAUGAUUUCCAGUGUGAUACGGAUCAAACCACUUCUGUGCACACACAGCUCCUGCUGGUGCCAGCUGUAACUGUGAUCUCGUAACUGAAUGUCCUAAAAUUCAUCUUCUGGGGAUAGUCAUGAUAGCAGGGUGGUGGUACCCUGGCUUUGGGGAAGUGCCUGGAUGCUAUGCAAUAUUGCUCAUGUCCCGUGCUGGAACGUAGCUGUAAAUUCACAGGAAAGCUUUGAACUCUGCUCCAGCCUAGGUUGGACUGUAAAAAUCCUUAUGUAAAAAUAACAGAUGUCAGAGGCUGAGCAGCCUGGCCUGGCCUGCCCACAUACAGCAUUCCGCUUUCAGGAGCUGUGGCAGUUUUAAUUAAACAAGCUAAAAUAAUUUCCCAGUGGCUCACAGAACCUAGUGCUCCACUUAGAAAUCUCUACAUUGCCCAUAGGGAUGACCUCUCUGCCAUUCCUACAGCAAGGACUAACUCUCCCUUUGUGGUUUCUGUCUGAAACACCUCUGCUGAUGCCAAGGGUAAUUCUGAAAGAUGUACUGAACAAAGAGAGGGUCCACCUUGUGCCCGGCUGGCUGGACAGGAGUAGGCAGAGUGUGCCCAACCUACAGUACAUUUGGUGUGAGUUCAGCUUCAGUCAGACCCACCUGAACAGUGACUGAGGCAAGGGGAAAGUCUGAUUUCAGACCUUCUGCUGUUACCUUAGUUAAAAUGCAGCAUCUUCCCAUUCUUCUCCAUUGCCCCUGCUCAGUACUCCUAAUCUCAGCUUCUGCGUACACAUCCCUUUAACUGUGGGCAACCCUGCUCAAACUGAGUGUUACAGGUUUGUCAUCCUCAGUACACCUCAGUCCACAGGUUCUUAAUAAGAUGUUGAGUACAGGACUGAAAGAUGGCAGUGUCCCCCAUCUAAUAUUGCGGGAUGGUUUAUCUCCACACUCCAGGUUAUGUACACGUUCUCUUAGAUGAGAAGCCUCACCUUGACUGAUGAGAAUUCAGUUAUAAACUUUCUCCCUCCAGAUUAAAAACAGAUUGCAUGAUAUGCCAAUGAGUAUCUGCUAAGAUGGAGGUACACUUAGGCUUUUUUAUUUUUCCUGCAGUGAGAUGACAUGUACUAGUUUCUUCUCUCAGCUCUGGGCCCUACAAAAGUCAGUGUGACCAGGAGAGAUUCUUCGAGUAGCUGAAAUCAGUUUUGCUGUGAAGCUGAGAUUCUUCAAGCAGAAUUCUGGGGUUUUGUGUAAUUAUUAUUAUUGAAAAUAGAAAUAUGUGCUUAAAAGUACAAUUUUAAAAAGAAAAAGAAUAAAUAUCUGGGCUUGCCAGAACAGUUGUUAAGUUUUUGACUGCCUCGGUCACCAGUAGCUUUAGAAUCGUGUAGGUGAUGAUUAGGAUGUUAUUGCCACAUUGCCUCCAGACACUGUUCAGGGUCUCUGUACAGAAGCCUUAUUAUUCCCAAUGAGCAUUAAUGUAUUUGAAUGACUUUUCUCCAUGUUGGUGGGAAGGAUGAUUGUGUAAUGCUGAGGACAUGGAGCUCCCUGUGUGUUGUGCCCACAAAGGUUCACAAAGCUGCACCUUCUCUUUUUAGGAUCUAUUCAAUGGUACUUUAAUAAAUGUUGUGUAAAAAAUGCCUACAGUUCUGUAUAGCAAAUGUGAAUUUUUAUGACAAGAAUGUGUAUUUAAUGUAAAAAAAAAAAAAAAAAAA